GUUGGCAAUCCUUGCAACUUGCGAAACUUUCCACAAAUGAAAAUGUUGGAUUUUACAGCGACGGAGAAAUGACUUGUCGACGGAGAAAUGCCACAUUUUUUUCGCCUUCAUGUUAAUGUUAUUAGUACCAACGGAAACUCAGGACUUUCCAAGUUUAUCUGUGAAGCGGUAAAUCUACUUGUAUAUUGAACAACAACAAAAAGAGCAUUAUGAAUUCGAUACUCCUUGCAACGUCAGUUCUUGUUUUGAUGGCGCCGUGUACCAUGUGCACAAGUACUUCGACAAACAACGCAGACAAGGAGUGUUUUGAGUGCUAUGGGGUCAUGGGUGAGAGGACAGACUGUGGAGCUACACUCUCUCCAGAUGACGUUGUCAAUACAACACGCUGUGCCUACAGUUGCGCCAAGGUGCUAAUCUACAUGAUGGACCAGAAAAUCGCCAUCUCUAGAGAGUGUGUUGAACACUGUGAGGACGGAUGUGUGAAGGACAUUGCAAGUCAUUGCUACUACUGCUGCAAUUCCACACUGUGCAACAGCACUACAGGCCUCAAGCAAACUCCAAAGCAGAACCUAUAUGCCAGACUCAUAAUUCUACCAUUGCUGUGUGCAGUAUGGAAUUAACCAAUAACAUUACGCCUACUAUUGGAAGUAAAUUUUGAAGAUAUAUGCUCAGUGCAAUU